UAUGUCCGAGCUCCUGCAAAAGUUCCCAAACUGAGACUUUCCCAGCACCAACUUCGCGACCAUCCCAAACAACUCCAUCCGCCCUCUUUCCACCUGUUCAAUCUAUCCAAUCACGUACACACAGCUUCACAAUGGUCAGACUUGAAGAAGUGCUCGAUGAGGAGUUCUCCCGCGACCAGACUGGUCCUAUGGACGGCGAGGACGACUGGGACACCGAUGACGAUUCUGACACAUCCUCAGUAACAUCCUCCUUACCCGACGACGAAACCCUUGCCGAACGUCUGGCCGCCUUGCAAGAUAUUAUUCCGCCAUCGUACCGCCACAAAGUGCAAUCAACCGUCUCUACCACAACCGACUGGGUGAAGAGCGGUCUACUGUACUCUGGCAAGGCGCUAUGGGUGAUUAGCACGAGCGCGAUCCUGGUCGCUGUGCCGUGGGCGCUGGCCUAUGCUGAGGACCAGCAGAUGGCAGAGAUGGAGCGAGAGAUGAAGAUGCAGCAGAGCGCGAACGAUCUUUUGACUCAGCCGCAGGGCCAGGAGCAAACAAAGGCAUCCUUGUAAAGGUUAGCUGAGACCCUGACACUAGGUUUCUUGUAUAUUUUAUGAUUCUGGUGGCUUAUGAGGAUAUCUUUUUGAGCCUGGGAUAAUGUGUACUACUACUAUUUUCUGUCGCUUCUCAUGACCGUACCGGUACUCGCGCACGUAUCUCAUAGCACACAAUUCACGAAUUUCGAAGCAAUCAAUUGCAGAGAAGAAAAGGUUCCAUCAUCUAA